GGGGCGGCCACUCCCCCCCCGAGGGCUGAGGGGGGCCGGGCGGUACUGGGCCGUACUGGGCCGUACUGGGCCGCUCCGGGCCUUACUGGGCCGUCCCGGGCUGGGCGGGUUGGCGCGCGGCUUUGCCGCCGUUAUGGAGCGGUUCGUGGAGGGGAACCGGGCGGCUCUGCAGGAGCAUAUCCAGCGUCACCAGGAGAUCCAUGUGGUGAUGGGCAACGAGGCCUGUGACCUGGACUCCACCGUCUCAGCCCUGGCCUUGGCUUAUUUCCUGGCGAAGACCUCCCCGGCUCCCAAAGCUGCCUUCAUCCCGGUGCUGAACAUCCCUCGCGCCGACUUCGCCCUCCGGACAGAGACGACGUUCCUGCUGCGGGAGCAGGGCAUCCCCGCCGCCUCCCUCAUCUUUCGGGAUGAGAUCGACCUGUGCGGGCUGCACCGCGCCGGGCUGCUCUCCCUGACACUGGUCGAUCACCACAUCCUGCCUGGCGCCGAUGCAGCCCUGGAAGAGGCCGUGGUGGAGGUCCUUGACCACCGGCCCUUGGAACGGGACCGAGCUCCCAGCUGCCAGGUGACAGCAGAGCCGGUGGGUUCCUGCGCCACGCUGGUGACGGAGCGGAUUGCCCAAGGUCCCCCGGGCGUGCUGGACAGACCCACGGCCGCGCUGCUGCAUGGCACCAUCCUCCUGGACUGCGUGAACCUGAGCCCGGCAGCUGGCAAGGUGACACCCAGGGACGUGGCAUGCGUCUCCCUGCUCGAGGCGAGGUUCCCCGAGCUGCCGGCCCGCGACGCCGUCUUCGAAGCCCUGCAAGCGGCCAAGUUUGAUGUGUCAGGGCUGACGACAGAGCAGAUGCUGCGGAAGGACCUCAAAGUCCUCUCUGGCGAUGAGCUGCUCCUCGCCGUCAGUGCCAUCUACGUGGACCUGGAGACCUUCCUGCGCCGGCCUGGCUUGCUGCAGGACCUGGAUGCUUUCUGCCAAGCUCGGGGCUACGCGGGGCUGGUGGCCAUGAUGAUCUCUUUUAAUGAGCAAAACGAGCCCUCCCGGCAGCUCGCAGUCUACAGCCAGCGCGAGACCCUCCGGAGCACGGUGUGCCAAGCGCUGGAGGAGGCGACGGCGCCGUCCCUGCACCUCCAGCCCCUCCCGAGCCCCUGGUCCUGCGUGGGCGCCUACGCCCAGGGCAACGCUUUGGCAUCACGCAAGAAGGUGCUGCCCAUCCUGCGGGCAGCCCUGGGGGGGCCAGGCGCUACCGGGGGGCCGGAGGAGGAGGUGGUCCUGCCGCCCACCCCGAUGAACAGCCUGGUGGAGGAAUGCCCGCUGGCACAGGCCGUGCCCCCCCUCUGCCCACAGGAUGUCCUGGAGCGGGUCAGCCGCAUCGCCGCCGGGCAGCCCCCCGGCUCCCCGAAGUGAACGUGGGCACCUGGCAGCUUCUGGGGUCCAUGCGAGGAGGUGGGGUCCCCGGGCAGGCCCUGGUGGGGCGCCCAGGCGUGGGGGCGUUGCAGCGCCUUUGUCAGAGCUCAGCUCCCCGACGGGGAUAAGUCCUCGUUGCAGUUUGCCCCCUCCCCGCCCCAACGGCCCCGCUGGGGUUUGGUCCCCCAGGGUGGGUUUUCGGGGACCCUGCGGGCAGCGGGGCCGCAGCAGCACUCGCACCCCACUUAACGAAGGCGCCGGGGCGGGGGUUUAACGAGUUCUCGCCAUUCUUCCUCCCCUGGGGGGGCUGCGGGGGUGCCGGGUGGUGGGUCUGGUCGCGCAGCCGGCCCGGGACUGUCACCCCUGUGCUCUGAGGAUUAAAUUUGCCACUUUUCUUCCA